UGGAGCUGGUAACCUAGAGGUCCACUUCCCAUGACCCGUUGCCUGAGCUAGCCAGUCCUCCAAAUAUUUUAUUAUUAUUUUUAUUGUUGUUAUUAUCAUUAUUACAGCCCAUAGUUUGUAGAAGGCCAUUUAUGGCAUAAAGGUGCCUUUCACACCAUGGAGGAGGAGAGCUAUAAAGCCCCAGAACAGCCUCCAUGCACUGUGCUGAGGCCCAGACAACAGUUAAGGUGUGUGAUGAAAGACAAGCAUUGAUGAAAAGCUGUGGAGUGCUGGUGCUUCUUUGCUGCAGAUAAUCUCUGCAUCCUCUCUCCGCUCCCCCCCACACACCCUUCUUUCCUGCCUCUGACGCAGAGGGAGCUGCAGGGUUGAAUGGAACCUAUUGAGGUUCCAAUUAAAUCUUCAUGGAAGAGGGACAUUCAUAUCCUUCCCAGAUAAAAGGAUACAUUCACUGGGAACAGCAGUUUCAGACCACAGUGCUGUCACCGCUACUUUCUAGCAGCCAGCUGCAGAGACCAAGAUGUGUUCUCUGAUUAUAGGACAUCCUCAGCCCUGAGAAGUAGUUGGAGCGCACACAGGAGUUGAAAGACUGAAGCAGCCCUGCUGGGUUUCCAACAAUGCCUCGAGCGGUGGAGUGCGCCCCCUGGAGGUGGAUGAAGGAGGGAAGGGAGUCGCGGAGACUGGUUCUGGUGGUCGUGUUUGUCGCUCUGCUGCUGGACAAUAUGCUGCUCACUGUUGUGGUGCCAAUCGUCCCCACCUUCCUCUAUGCAACAGAAUAUAAAGGUGCGAACAGCUCUGCUUCGCAGAACUGGAUCGUGGCAGCCCCCACGGCCUUUGCAGCUCCUCCCUUCUCCUCCAUGUUCUCUCACUUUGACAACACCACAGUGACUGUCUCAGACUACACGGUUGUCAACACCACAGUGGGGGUGAAUGGGACAGAAAGCAGCAGCCUGCCUCAGCUCACUGGGACCAGCCUGCCACCAAAAAACAGCUGUGUAGACGGUGAGGAGUUCCUCAUGGAGGAGAAUGUGCGUGUUGGACUGCUGUUUGCCUCCAAGGCUCUUAUUCAGCUCACGAUCAAUCCAUUUGUGGGUCCCCUGACUAACAGGAUAGGAUACCACAUUCCCAUGUUUGCUGGAUUCAUCAUCAUGUUUCUCUCUACAGUCAUGUUUGCUUUCUCAGGUACCUACACCCUGCUGCUUGUGGCUCGAGCGCUCCAGGGCAUUGGCUCAUCCUUUUCAUCUGUCGCAGGCCUGGGAAUGCUGGCAAGUGUGUACACAGAUGACUACGAGAGAGGAAACGCUAUGGGGAUAGCAUUAGGAGGUCUGGCAUUGGGGGUGCUUGUUGGGGCUCCCUUUGGAAGUGUGAUGUAUGAGUUUGUUGGAAAAUCAGCCCCCUUUCUGAUCCUGGCAUGCUUAGCCCUUUUGGACGGAGCUUUACAGCUGUGCAUACUGCAGCCCUCUAAGAUUUCCCCCGAAAGCAUCAAAAGCACCCCUGUAUUCGCAUUGCUGCGAGAUCCCUACAUCCUGGUUGCUGCAGGUGCCCUGUGCUUUGCUAACAUGGGGGUGGCAAUGCUGGAGCCCACGUUACCCAUCUGGAUGAUGCAAACCAUGUGCUCCCCAAAGUGGCAGCUGGGGAUGGCGUUCCUGCCUGCCAGCAUAUCUUACCUCAUUGGCACCAACCUCUUUGGGGUGUUGGCCCACAAAAUGGGGCGGUGGCUGUGCUCCCUGAUUGGAAUGGUUGUAGUGGGGAUUAGUCUCCUUUGUGUGCCUCUUGCGCAAAAUAUUUAUGGACUGAUCGGCCCGAACGGUGGGCUUGGCUUUGCCAUAGGCAUGGUGGAUUCCUCGAUGAUGCCUAUUAUGGGAUACCUGGUGGACCUUCGCCACACCUCUGUCUAUGGCAGUGUCUAUGCCAUUGCUGAUGUUGCCUUCUGCAUGGGCUUUGCUAUCGGUCCAUCUACUGGGGGUGUGAUUGUACGGGCUAUUGGGUUUCCUUGGCUGAUGGUCAUCAUUGGCGUGACCAACAUUGCUUACGCCCCUCUCUGCUGGUACCUGCGGAGCCCUCCGGCUAAAGAGGAGAAGAUUGCAAUUUUAAACCAGGAAUGCCCCAUGCAAACCAAAUGCUACGCCACCCAGAAACCUCUGCGGGAAUUCCCCCUGACAGAUGGUAGUGACGAGGAGGCAGAGAGUGAGGAAUAGCAGGAGCAAAGAUGCAGCUCCUGCUCUGAAGCUGUGUCAAGUUUACAAAACCCCGGACGUCUUAUCAAACAAGGCUAACUCAGAGACCUCCGUCCUGGCAGCCAACAAGAUCCAGGAGUCCUGGCUUCAUUAAUCUGCCAUUCUCAUGGCACUGGGAGGUCAGGCAGUCGACAGGAAGCCAUUGAGAGCCGGGGCUCCCGGGUUCUAUCCCUGGCUAUUCUCACCUACUGUGUGAACUUGCGCAACUCACUUAACCUCAUUAAGUCCAUCUAUGAUAAGGGAUUGUAAUCAGGUGGAGUCAGCCCAUAUUGUCCUACAGAAAAGCAGUCGUGCGGUGCAAUCCACCCAUCUGUGAUAGGCGGAUAGUACCAACCUACCUCACAGGGGUGUUGUGAGGCUGUGUUAAUUAAUGUCUGUGAAGUGCUUAUGCUCCUUGGAUGAAAAGCACUAAAGGGUAAAAUAUUAUCUCCAGGGGAUUUUCAUCUCUGGGGAUCCUAUUUUAACCCCCAGCAUGGAUUGUCUCUGUAACACUGUGGAACUAUCACUCUGCACCUCUGCCAAUAAAGAUACCACAACAUUAA